AUGAAGGCAGUAGUAUUCAACGGUGCAGACCUCACUUUGAAGUAUGAUGAGAAUUAUCCGAUGCCGAAGAUUGUAGACGACACCGAUGUUAUAGUAAAAGUUGAAUAUUCGGGCGUUUGUGGAACUGACUUACAUAUUAUACAGGGUGAGUUCCCAGCGUUGAAAGUGCGUCCACUGCCUCUAGGACAUGAGUUCAGCGGAGUCGUGUACCAAACCGGAAAAGCGGCUGUCUUCAAAGUUGGACAGAAAGUUGUCGUUGAUCCUAACCGCGCCUGCAAUCUUUGUAACUUUUGUCGUGACGGCAAAUACCAGUAUUGUUUAACAGCUGGCAUUAAUAGCACUAUCGGGAUAUGGAAAGACGGGGGCUGGGCUCAGUACGUGAGGUGUCCUCAGGACCAGGUGUAUGUGUUACCUGAUGGUAUAACUACUGAACAAGCCGGAUUAUGUGAGCCAUACUCAUGUGUAUCCCACGGAUUCGAUCGCGCCAUGCCUAUAUCUGUUGGCAGCAAAAUAUUAAUUGUUGGCGCUGGUAUUAUUGGUAACUUAUGGAUAACCACACUACAUCUCCAGGGGCAUAGAGACGUGACUGUCUCUGAAAUGAAUAAAUCUAGAUUGGAUAUUGUCAAAAAACUUGAUACCGGAUAUAGACUAGUGACGCCCGACGUUUUGGCGUCGGAAAAACAACUCUAUGACGUUAUUGUUGAUUGUACUGGUGUAGGCAAAGUAAUGGAAAUGAGUUUCAAUUAUUUACGUCACGGUGGUAAAUACGUGUUGUUUGGAUGUUGUCCGCCCACACAUCAAGCGUCGAUAAAUCCAUACGAAAUAUACGAUAAAGAGCUGACAAUAGUCGGUGUUAAGAUCAACCCCUUCAGUUUUCCAAAAGCAAUUGGUUUGUUAAAAGCUAUGGGAGAUAGAUAUUUGAAUUAUGAUAAGCUUGGAGUGAAAACAUACCCACUCUCAGGUUAUAAGGACGCAUUAGAGGAUCUAAAAGCUGGCAACAUUUCCAAAGCAAUACACUGUGGAAUUGAUAAGCAUCGGACUGUUAUUUUCAAUUUAAAAAUGAAGGCGGUGGUGUUCAACGGUACAGACCUCACUUUGAAGUAUGAUGAGAAUUAUCCGAUGCCGAAGAUUGUAGACGACACCGAUGUUAUAAUAAAAGUUGAAUAUGCGGGGGUUUGUGGAACUGAUUUACAUAUUAUACAGGGUGAGUUUCCAGCGUCAAAAGAACGUCCAAUGCCUCUAGGACAUGAGUUCAGCGGAGUCGUGUACCAAACCGGAAAAGCGGCUAUCUUCAAAGUUGGACAGAAAGUUGUCGUUGAUCCUAGCCGCGCCUGCAAUCUUUGUAACUUUUGUCGUGACGGCAAAUACCAGUAUUGCUUAACAGCUGGCAUUAAUAGCACUAUCGGGAUAUGGAAAGACGGGGGCUGGGCUCAGUACGUGAGGUGUCCUCAGGACCAGGUGUAUGUGUUACCUGAUGGUUUAACUACUGAACAAGCCGGAUUAUGUGAGCCAUACUCAUGUGUAUCCCACGGAUUCGACCGCGCCAUGCCUAUAUCUGUUGGCAGCAAAAUAUUAAUUGUUGGCGCUGGCAUUAUUGGUAACUUAUGGAUAACCACACUACAUCUCCAGGGGCAUAGAGACGUGACUGUCUCUGAAAUGAAUACAUCUAGAUUGGAUAUUGUCAAAAAACUUGAUACCGGAUAUAGACUAGUGACGCCCGACGUUUUGGCGUCGGAAAAACAACUCUAUGACGUUAUUGUUGAUUGUACUGGUGUAGGCAAAGUAAUGGAAAUAAGUUUCAAUUAUUUACGUCACGGUGGUAAAUACGUGAUGUUUGGGUGUUGUCCUCCCACACAUCAAGCAUCGAUAAAUCCAUACGAAAUAUACGAUAAAGAGCUGACAAUAGUCGGUGUUAAGAUCAACCCCUUCAGUUUUCCAAAAGCAAUUGGUUUGUUAAAAGCUAUGGGAGAUAGAUAUUUGAAUUAUGAUAAGCUUGGAGUUAAAACAUACCCACUCUCAGGUUAUAAGGACGCAUUAAAGGACCUAAAAGCUGGCAACAUUUCCAAAGCAGUAUUUAAAGUUGAA